CUGAAAUUGGAUAACAGCCUUGGUCAAAAUGAUUGGAGACAUGGGCAGUCAAUUGUUAAGCGUUACAAACAAUGAGACAGAUACAGAAUCUGCAAAGUAAAGAUACAACGGCUGUCAAUGGAUCUUACAACACUUGCAAGAUGAAGUUUGAUGACAUUACCGUUCUUUUGGGGGAAUUUGGAAAGUACCAGAAGAUAUUGUAUUUUCUUGUCUGCUUGCCGGCGAUAUUUACAUCGAUGCAGAUGCUGUCGUCUGUGUUCACUCUGGCCAUCCCCGACCACAGAUGUGCUUUGCCUGGUCUUGGAAACGACACGUACGAAGUUCAAGGACAGUGGCAUAAACUUCUUAUCAACCAAUCAAUUCCAUGGGAAACUGACAAAGAUGAUGAGGGAUCAUUGGUUUACAGCUCAUGUGAUCGAUAUUUGACCAAUGAAAACACGUCUUACAACGCACAUAACAUUCCAGUGAAGUCAAGUACUGAUGAAUGUGAUACGUUCGUAUUCGACCAAUUAACGUUCAAGAACACUUUCAUUACAAAGACUAACCUGGUAUGCGGAAAGGAGAUAGCCAGGGCCAACGCCAACAUGAUAUUGAUGGGCGGCGUACUGUUCGGAGCCAUCGCCAUCGGUGUAUUUUCAGAUAUAUUCGGACGGAAGACGGCGGUGAUAAUGUCUUCGUUCUUGCACAUCGGGGCGGCGUUCGGGUCAGCGUUCGCGCCAAACUACGGGGCCUUUGUUACUUUUCGUUUCCUCCAGGGAGUGUCUAACAUGGGCAUCUUCAUGUCACUCUUUGUCAUUGGUAUGGAGCUGGUUGGUCCCUCCUAUCGUGUGGCCGCAGGGAUUAUCAUCGAGUUUUUCUGGUGUGCUGGUCUUUUCCUGUUGUGCCUCGUGGCCUACUUCGUGCGCACGUGGAAUAUCCUGCAGCUUGUGCUCGCGUGUCCAACCGUUCUCCUCGUUCUCUACUUCUGGUUAAUCCCCGAGUCCCCUCGUUGGCUGAUCUCCAAGGGAAGGUACGAGGAGGCGGAGAAGAUCAUCCGGAAAUGCGCAAAGGUGAACAAGGUUGAACUUCCGGAGAAGAUGAUAGACGCGGACAGCACGGAGGAGGGCAGUAAGGAAAGCGUCCUCCGGAUGCUCACCGUACCCCGUCUCCUGAUACGCACUAGCAUCAUCUACUUGAACUGGCUGGUAGUGAGCAUGGUGUACUACGGCCUUGGACUUAAUGUGGGUAACCUUGACGGUGACAUCUACACGAACUUCGCCAUCAACUCUGCCAUGGAGGUCGCGGCGUAUAUCGUCUGUCUCCUCUUGCUGAACCGCGUCGGCCGGAAGGCACUCCACUGCGGCACUAUGAUCCUCGGGGGCGUGGCCUGCCUCUGUACCAUAUUUACUGUGCUGUAUGCUGAUAAAUCUCUUUACUGGAUCACAGUGGUGCUAUCCAACGUUGGAAAGUUUGGGGUAUCGGCGGCGUUUGCCAUCAUCUACGUGUGGUCGGCGGAACUUUUCCCGACCCUCGUUCGAAACUCUGGGAUGGGCUCGAGUUCUAUGAUGGCCAGGGUGGGCAGUAUGAUCUCACCAUAUAUCGCGGAUCUGGGUACAUUUGUGGAUGGUGACUUUGGAAAAGCGCUACCGCUGAUCAUAUUUGGCGGCCUGUCCGUGGUCGCCGGCCUCCUCUCGCUCUUUCUGCCGGAAACCAACGGGCAGGUACUUCCGGAAACGAUUGAGGACGCUGUGAACUUCGGCAGGACCACACCUGAUUCCAAGAAGACGGACGUGACUAGAAAGUAUUUCGUCAAUGAUGCAUUUACCGGCAACGUCGACUCAUCGACGGAAGAGAAAAAGAAUGCUGAAGUGUUGGAGCAAAACGGUUACAGCACGCACAUGUAGAUAGUAAUUGCCAAUCGUAAAGUCUCGGCUAUCUCCGGCAAGUUCGGUAUAUUUUGUUGGAGGGCAAGUUACACCAAUUCGGAAUUUUCUACUCAUUGUUGAAAGCCUUAUUUCGUUUAUUUAACACUUUGCAGAGAUUCAAAGCAUGGUUACACCAUGUCAGAACUUUGGCUGCUUUCCAUCUUUAAAGGUUUUGUUGUUUAAUGUUUAGUACACAAGUGGAGCGUUCUCCCCAUAUAUGGUGUUGGGGUCGUGAAGGAGAAGAAAGCAGUGUUAUCUUCGGUGCAAAACAUUUAGUGGUGUCUGACCUGGAAAAUAGGGAGAUACUGUUUCGAAUUGAUUAUAAUGAAACAUUCCUUGUUUGUUUUAACAAAUAAUAAUACUGCACUAUUAUAUUAAUAGUCGAUUAUUGAUUUAUCAAUGCUUCUAAAUAGAAACUGCACUUUUAUACUUGAAAACAUGUGUCAAUUGAGAAUUACUGUCCGACUUUAGGAGUCCGUUAGUCCAAUCUAUUAAAUUGCUACUCCAGUCUAUUACAUGUCUACUCUAGUCUAUUACAUGGCUACUCCAGUCAGUUGCAUGGCUACUCCAGUCUAUCGUUUGGCUACUCCAGUCUAUUACGUGGCUACUCCAGUCUAUAAUAUGGCUACUCCAGUCUAAUAUAUGGCUACUCCAGUCAAUUACGUAGCUACUCCAGUCUAUUACGUGGCUACUCCAGUCUAUUACAUAGCUACUCCAGUCUAUUACGUGGCUACUCCAGUCAGUUGCAGGGCUACUCCAGUCUAUUACAUGGCGCUACUCCAGUCUAUUACAUGGCUACUCCAGUAUGUUACAUGGCUAUUUCAGUCUGUUGCAUGGCUACUCUAGUCUGUUACAUGGCUAUUUCAGCCUAUUGCAUGGCUAAUCCAGUCUAUUACAUGGCUACUCUAGUUUAUUACAUGAUUAAUCCAGUCAGUUGCAUGACUACUCCAGUCUAUUGCAUGGCUACUCCAAUCUAUUACGUGGCUAAUCCAAUCUAUUACGUGGCUACUCCAGUCUUUUACAUGGCUACUCAAUUCAGUUGCAUGGCUACUCCAGUCUGUUACGUGGCUACUCCAGUAUAUUACGUGGCUACUCCAGUCUGGUGCAUGGCUACUCCAGUCUAUAACAUUGCUACUCUAGUCUUUUACAUUGGUACUCCAGUCUAUUACGUGGCUAUUCCAGUCUAUUACAGUGCUACUAUAUUCUAUUACAUGUGUACUCCAGUCUAUUAUGUGGCUACUCCAGUCUAUUACAUGGAUACUCUAGUCUAUUACAUGGCUACUCCAGUCUUUUACAUGGCUACUCUAGCCUAUUACAUGGCUACUCUAGCCUAUUACAUGGCUACUCUAGCCUAUUUCAUGGCUACUCUAGCCUAUUACAUGGCUACUCCAGUCUAUUACAUGGCUACUCCAGUCUAUUACAUGGCUACUCUAGCCUAUUUCAUGACUACUCUAGCCUAUUACAUGGCUACUCCAGUCUAUUACAUGGCUGCUCCAGUCUUUUUUAUGGCUACUCUAGUCUAUUACAUGGCUACUCCAGUCUAUUACAUGGCUACUACAGUCAGUUGCAAUGUUACUGCAGUCUAUUACAUGGCUACUCCAGUCUAUAGCAUGGCUACUCCAGUCUUUCAAAUGGCUCCUUCAGUCUAUUUAAUGGUUUCUUUAAUCUUUUGAAUGGCUAGAUGUUCUUAUACAUAUGUAUUUUCGCUGCGCGAACCUGUGUCACAAUUGCGUUAUCAGUGUUGAAUAUCUUUUCUAUACAAUAUGAUUUAUACGGAUAAAAAAACCGACAGAAACCCCUGUUCUUUUAAUGUAUACGUAUACAUGUCUAUAUCAAACACAUGUAAAGGAGAAUUAAAUGGUAUUUUCUUGUUCGUGGAAAACAUUAGUCAAGGAGCAUUAAAUACCUAAACUCAACCCGAGGCUGAUACGAUGUGCAUUUGUAGCAUGUAAAAGCAUUUUGAAGAUUUUAUUCAACGUUUGAAUAUGCAUAUGUAGUUUGUAUGAAUUACAUGUACAUAUCAAAUACAUAACAUAUCAUUGAUUCUUAUGAUAUAGUCAAUAGAUAUUUUAAUGUU